AUUAGAGCGGAGAAGUUCAACAUAAGGCGCAGAAGAGGCCAGGCAAAGGCAAUCGGAGCCCUUCUGAUCGUGGCUGGCGCAGUUCUGACGAUUCUAUACAAAGGACCCAUUUUCGAUUUAGUCUUCUACUCCAAAACUCGAGAGAAACAAAGCAGCUUUGCUAGUUCCAUCGGCCAUGGUGGAGAUAGCUUCGGAUGGAUGAAAGGCACAUUUAUGCUUAUAGGAAGCUGCACCUGCUGGGCAGGCUUUCUAAUCCUACAAGCGAACACAUUAGAAACAUACCCAGCAGAGAUUACUCUUACUGCUUGGGUGAGUGUUAUGGGUGCGGUGAUGAGUUCUGUGGUUGCGUUAGUGGUAAAUCGUGGAAGUAGCAGGCCAUGGAUUAUAGGGAUGGAUAAGCGGCUGCUUGCUCCGAUCUACUCUGGGGUGCUAUGCACUGGAGUUGCCUACUAUGUGCAAGGGGUAGUGCUGAGGGAGCGGGGUCCAGUUUUUGCGAGUGCUUUUAGCCCUCUGGUCAUGAUCAUUACUACUAUUAUGGGCUCCGUCAUUCUCGCAGAGAAAAUAUCUCUAGGAAUGUAAGCAUUAAUUAACUAUAAAUAAGUUGU